AUGCAGUCCCAAGAUGAGCCGAGGCCUAUCCCGGCCUACUACUGCUGCUAUCUCCUCCGGUCUACUGUCCGACAUGCUUCGCUCUAUAUUGGCUCAACCCCGAACCCCAUCAGACGAUUGUCCCAGCAUAAUGGUGAGGCCAAAGGGGGCGCCAAGCGUACCUCGCGCGAUAAAUUGCGGCCUUGGGAAAUGGUCCUCGUGGUAGAGGGCUUCAUGAGUCGGGUCGGUGCUCUUCAAUUCGAAUGGGCUUGGCAGCACCCUGAGAGGACACGACAUAUUGAGCCGGAUGAAGAUGAUCUUCCUACCUCCCAGUCUAAAUUCACUGUAUGUCGACAAACGGGAAAGACCACACGGCGAACCACACGCAGGAGAUCCUUGACGGCUCACCUAGAGGAUCUGCAUUUUCUGCUUCGGUCGUCCUAUUUCAUUGAUUGGCCACUGCAGGUGCGAUUCUUCUGCGCGGAUGUUUACCGCGUCUGGAAGGUUUGGAAUGAGCGCGUAGAGGCCUCUCUCCCUUCGUCCAAACUCGUUUUGGACGGGGACUGUCCCAGGCAAGGUGAUGGGGGUGCCGCAGUGGGCGGCAUUGACCAGUUGCCGGUCGACUUUACCAAACUUGAAGAAUACCUGGAGAAAUCCACGUUUGUUUUAGAAGACGCAGAGGACCUACAGUGUGCAGUAUGCAAAAUGCCGGUCAACCCCAAUACACAGCAAAUAGUGGUGUGUCCACAAGCGCCUUGCCGAGGCACCACUCAUCUAUUAUGUCUAUCUGCCAAGCUCCUUGAAGCCACUGAGAAUGCUGAUGCAUUCGUUCCAGCGCGAGGAGCCUGCCCGACGUGCAAAGAAGUCAUUCAAUGGCCACUCAUGAUGAAAGAAUUGAGUUUUCGCAAUCGCGCCGAAAAGGAAGUACAAACGAUACUGAGACGAAAAGAAAAGCGUGAGCGCAAGGAGUCUGCAAACCAUUUGCCCAACAAGAAAGGCAAAAGAAAGGCAUCCAAUGUGCGCAUGUCUUCUGUCGAGCCAACAUUCGAUGGCCAGUCAGAGCCAGCGCCAAAUAGUAUGUCUCAGGAUGACCCAAAGUUAAGCGACGAUUGGUAUGAGGAAGUCGAGUUGGAGUCGGACACUGAAUUCGGAACUCAAAAACAAUCGCCUCCGCCAACCAGACUGGAAAUCGUCAUCGAAGAUAGCGAAUGGGAAGACGCUGAACUUGUGGAGUGA